AUGGAGAAUCCAGAAGACAAGAAGGAGGACAAAGCUCAAACUCAUUCGCUGCUGCGUUGCCUGGGAAAACGGACCGAUUGCGAAGAGUUUCCUGACUACAGGACGUUCUACAUGAAGCAGAAGUACCGGCAAGACACUUAUCAGGUCAUGAAACAUAUGAAGAUUAGCGCCUCUCUCGACAAGGGAACUCCAAACAUGGAGAAAUGGAACACUCGAGUCAAGAAGGAGAUGAACGAUUGGUUAGCCAUCUAUCGCCGACAGAACGUUUCAGUGGGUAGGCAGAGUUACUAUUCUCUCUAUUCCGCCAUCAACACCUUAGCGUCGCAUUUCACCUCCUACGGUCCCAAGUUCCCGUUCCCGAACAAGCGACGUCCACGCUUCUUCGAGUUGUGUCAGCAAGUGGAGAAGUGCCGAGCCAGCGGAGAAAUGGUGCUGCUGUUGUCGAUGGGAGCGAACACCUCUGGCUCUCAGGAUUUUGUGAUUUCCAUGGCUCUCAUUGCUACAGCACUGAGCAUCUGGCUCUUGGAAUGUGCAGGCUCGUGGCAGCUGAUGUCAUGUCUUCGCCUUUUGAAGAAAUUGGCGCCUGAGCUUCUGGCGCUUUCGUUCGGUCUCAGCUUGGCUGCCGCCUUGGUCUACUGCGGUCAGCACAACGGCGGCGCUGAGAUUCCCAAGGAGGAUGAGGCGCUGUGGAACGACAUCAACGCGGAGUGGCCCGUGUUGAAGACGGCGGAUAGCUUGUUGGGCAUUCAGUCCAUGCUGCGUUUGGUGCUGUUGACUUCCGCGUUGCUGCGCGAUGGUGGCAACAAGGCGACCUCGGCGUUUGCCAUGGAACCCCUGGGUUUCCUCUUCCUUGCGUCCUGCACACGUGCGGCACUACUUUUGGCCAGCCCUUGGGAGGUGUAUCACUUGGAUGGUCCAGUGGGUGGUGCACUCAACUUGGCCUGUGAAAUUUGCGUCGUGCCCCUCACAGCCUGGCUUUGCAGGCCUUUGUGGCGCGACCUCUACAGCCUCAGCUGCGUAUUGGCCGUGAUGGUGGUCUGUGGCCUGCUUGCUUCACAGCAACAUUUGGCGCUCGCGGACCCGGGCAUGGAGUAUUUGGAUGUGCUCUUCUCACUGAGCCAAUUCCUGGACUCUGCUGUGGCCGUUACAUUUCUCCUACGCACCUGCAGCCUUUGGACCGCUGCACGUGGUGAGUUUAUGGCCUACAGCGUCAUGGCAUUGUUCUUCCAGCAGCUGUUGAGCGCCGUCUUCAUGUUCAGUUCCUGGGGUCAGGCACCAUUCCACGAGGUGCAUGGCAUCGUGGGCAAAGGCCAUCCCCUGGCGAUGAUGCAAACGUCUUCGCUGAUGGAGGUGGGAUGUUACGCCUUGUCCUCUGUGGUCUUUGCCAUCUCUACAACUUUCCACAAGGAACAACUGGUCUACACCCCUUUGUUUGCUGAGCUCUGGUUCGAGAAUCAUCCUGCAGACGGAAACAUUCAGUUGGAACAGGUUGGAACAGGGGUGGCCCUUUGGGAUCUUGGAUCCAUCGGGGAUGGUCCCUAUGGUCCCUGGGUUUCCUGGGUCCCCUGGGUCUCCGUCGAGGCCUUUUAUGAUGUGAAGUGCGAUCCAGGAUUUCACUGUGUCUCGAAGGCGACCUGGAGGACCUGGAGAUCUCUGAUGAUCAGCGACUUUGGGCAGAACCAUGACGGGAACUUCUCUGAGAAGGAAGUGGGGAAAGAGGCCAUCUCCAUCCGCUACAAUGGCGCUUUUGAGGUGGGCUGCCCAGCGCGUGGCUUCUCCUUUCGCACGGGAGAGUGUAGCGACAUUGGACAAGGCGCAAAAUAUCACUGUUGGUCCUCCAACCGUUUCGAGGCGGGCGAAGAUCAACCCUGUGGCGCUGAAGAUUCAGGGAAAUGUCUCUGUGUGAAAAGUGUAUCCAACGAUGGGGAUCCCAUGAACAAGGAGUCACCAAAGCACGCGUCAGAAGUCAAGCAAGGAGAAGAUUUAACCACUGCCACAUGGCAAGUGGAGACGGUGAAGCAGUUGAAAUGCCGACAAUGCUCACAGCAUGAUCAAUCUCAAGAGGAUUGCAUUUCAUGUGCCCCCAAGUGCGACUACGGAACGAAGGACUUGGCUGGUCUGCGCAUCACCGGCUGUUUCGAUGCUGAGAAGCGAGCCUUUGACAAGAAAGCUGCGGAGGAACAGGCGCAGGAACGGCUCAAAGAAGCGACAGCGACAGCUCCCAAAGGCGAAGCUGCUGUGAAGAAAGCGUUGAAGGACUACGAAGCCAAGGAAGUACCUGAGACCGAAUCCAAGCAGCUUUCCAUUGUGCCGCAUUACAGGAUCUGGAACCCCAAGGAGCGCGAAGACAUGGGCGAUUUGAAGUCGCCCAAAGCAGAGUCAGGGGGAUACUUCAAGGGUCAGAAGCUGCCGUGGGAGACGAGCCAGCGCUAUCUCUCCGCGCGCGCGUGGAUCAAAGAAUUCCCACACGCCGCACCGCAGAUUCAACACCUCUUGGACAAAGUCUUCCAGAUCCUGGCUGGCAAGGCAGAUUUGUCCCAAAUUCCAUGCGACGGUCAAGGAACUGGCGGCGGAAUGGGGCAGCUAAUCGUGGGCACGGAGACAGCACAGAAGAGCUGCAACAACAUGCAACAGACUGCUGAGACCUUGGCGAAAGAGAUCAAAUUUGAAAACGAGGCGAACGGUCAGAUGGUUCAUUGCGUCAUGGGUGAUGGCGGAAGGUGUGAGCGCUUGAACUGCUACACUGGAAACGAAGAGAUCACACGGGCGCUCGACAAGUUGAAAGUCCGACAACAGAAGAUGUGCAAAGCUGUUGAUGAGAUGCUUAGCCAGGAAGAGAAAGCAAAUGGAGAACCGCCUCCCUUUGAAGGUGGUUCGUUGCGUGCCAAAGCAGGAGCUCUGAGCAAUGCUGAGGUGGCAGACCAAGUGACGUCCAGUGGGUUUUCCACCUUUGCCCAGCCGAGUCCAGCGCAGCAUUGCAUGAGUUUCGUCGCACCAAGCUGGAGAUUCAAGGAAGCCAGCCGCCAGUGUGGUCCCUGGCGUCGGCGACGCGCCGACUGUGCCGACUUUCUGGCGGUCCUGGUGCUCUUGCGGAGCCAAACCUUACCCUUCCCGGCAUUGCUUGAGGACAUUCCGGCACCUCAGCGACCUUGCCACACCAUCCAGUGCGGAGUACGGGGCUCCCAAGGGAACAAGGCGCACCAAUGGAAGCUGACGCGGGUCUUUGGUGACAAGAUGGUGGUGACUCCUCCAUCUGCUGCACAUGUUUUCGUCUCCUGCGCUGUUCUUGAAGGCAUUUUCUUGUGUGUCAACAUUGGCACCUAUUCUCCUCUGAUUUUCGAAAUGUUUAUGCCCUACCACUUGAAGUACACCGCGCUGGUCUUUGCAUGGUGGGGCGGCACUUAUCUCGGCUUGAACGCAGCCCGCUUUGGGCCCUUGGUGGAAGGUCCUUGGAUCUUCAGCCGCGCCCUGGCAGCUCCCGUGGGCGUCACCUUGGGGGCUGCUGGUUUGGCGCUGGCAGAUGGUGUAGCCGGAAUGGGUCCAUGGCCGAGCUAUUGGCUCAUGAUCAUUUGCUACUCAGGCAUGUCGGCCUUUGAUGUUGCAUUGGCUCGUCGGAAGUUGUUGCCGCCCUGGUUGCUGAAGUGGAAAUUGGGAAUCAGCGGAUUGAUCGUGCUCUCCUUGCUCUUCGGCGUGUUGAAGGGCAGAUAUUUGGAGAAGAACGCCACGAAACUGAUCUUAGAAGCUGAGUGA